CCCUCUCCCUCUCUUCUCUAUAAAAUAACCUUUGUCUUGGUAAACUUGUCUCUACUACUAUCAAUAUUUUCUUCUGUCACAUCGCUCUCUUUUACUCCUUACCUCUCUUCUCCACGUACCUAAACUUUUCUUCUUUUCUCCUUUAAUUAAUAACUCUCACCAUCAACUUUCUUACAUUAACUACUUAAUUAUCUUUUAAUUAAGAGCUAGAUCAAGUUUCUCUUUCACUUCCAGAUCCAUCACUUGCUCAAAGCUUACUUUAUUUUUAAUUAUUACUCUAUCAGAUCGAUUAAUUUCUUGCUAUGGAUUUAGAGUUUCAAUAUCAAGAAGAGUUCUGGAGAAACUCAAGAGGAGUGCAACUAUUCACCUGCAAAUGGUUGCCAUUGUCUUCUCCAAAAGCUCUGGUUUUUCUUUGCCAUGGUUAUGGUAUGGAAUGCAGUCGUUUCAUGAGAGAAUGUGGAGUGAGGCUAGCUUGUGCUAGAUAUGCUGUGUAUGGUAUUGAUUAUGAAGGACAUGGACGUUCUGAAGGGGUUCGAUGUUACAUUAAGAACUUCAAUAACCUUGUUAAUGACUGCUAUGAUUUUUUCAAGUCAGUUUCUGUGCUCCAUGAGUAUAAGGGAAAGACUAGGUUCUUGUAUGGAGAGUCCAUGGGUGGAGCAGUUAGCCUUCUCUUGCAUCAGAAGGACCCUUCUUUCUGGGAUGGCGCAGUUCUUGUUGCGCCCAUGUGUAAGAUAUCAGAGAAGGUGAAGCCACACCAAGUGGUCAUCAACAUAUUGACUAAAGUAGAAGAUAUCAUACCAAAGUGGAAGAUUGUUCCAACAAAAGAUGUCAUCAAUUUAGCCUUCAAAGAUCCAGCUAAACGAGAAAGGAUAAGAAAAAACAAGUUGAUAUAUCAGGAUAAACCCAGGUUAAAAACCGCAUUAGAAAUGUUAAGAACCAGCAUGAGUCUUGAAGACACAUUAUACAAGGUGACACUGCCUUUUUUUGUAAUGCAUGGAGAGACAGACACAGUGACAGAUCCAGAAGUAAGCAGAGCAUUAUAUGAGAGAGCUAGUAGCAAAGAUAAGACCUUUAAAUUGUAUCCGGGAAUGUGGCAUGGUUUAACAUCCGGCGAGCCUGAUGAUAACAUCGAAAAGGUCUUUGAAGACAUUAUCACAUGGCUAGACAAACAUGCUAACAGUAAAAGUGUUGCUCUUGACUCUUCAAAUCCAACAAUUGAGGCUUAUGACUACGACAUUGAGAAAUCGACACCAGUUGUAUCAUCAGCAAACACUAGUAUGAAGCUUACUCGUCCGCGAAAAAGUUAUCUUUGUGGAUUGAAAGGAAGUAGUUCGUUACAUCACUCGGCAAAUUAGACUGUAAUAAUAAACACACUCUGGUUGGAUAUGUGACUAAAUCUGUGAUGUAGCUAUGUAAUGGUUUACUAUGAACAUCUUUUCUAUUUUAUCUAAUUUCACUGUGUUAUUUAGCUUUUAAA